AUGGCCACCAGAGACGGGCCGAGCGUGCCGCGCAAAAAGACUACAACCUACGGCAAAACAUCGCGAAAGCGGCCCAUCCACGCGUUUCUCGACUUGUCAAACGGUUCGCGACGCGUCCCCGAUACCGCACAACCCACUAUAGCCUCGGCAGCAUCUACCGAUCACCUCUACGAUUUGUACGAUCCGCCCGAUGACGAGCCUGUCCAACCUCGACGCGAUAUGUCGCCCGCUGAAGUCGCCGCUUUCCAGCCUGGUUCGGGCUAUUCGAAGAAGAGGAAGGUGUCCAUACAGCCUACGAAUAAGGCCGAGCGCGAACGCAAGGUCGAUAGCAAACCUUCCUCCGUCGCACCGCUAGCGAGGGCGCCUUCAAACAGUCGCCGAGCCAAAUCGCCCUUCGCCUUAGGCCAUUCGAGUUCUAUGCGUGCCACCAAGGAGGAGGCUGCCACGCGAGAGACCGAGAGAGCCAAGAUCCAGAAACAGGUUGAAGCACGAAUGACCUCUCCACGCCUUCGCGCCACAACCGAGGCUCCAUAUAAGACAGAGACGAAUCUUCAAAUACGCCAAGCUCUUCCACGAGCUUCAAACUCCCGACCGACGAUUGUGCCAAUGAAACCGAGCACAUCUGUCACGGACACAUCCAUCUCAACGCCGAAGAAAUCACACGAGCCGAGGCGUGUCCGUCUGAUCGAUCAGUUGGCGGCGCAAACAGAAGGGAGUUAUGAAUCUGACUCGGAUGCAUCUGACGACUCGGGAUUGUCUUUUGCUGGAUUGGUGGGGAAAGGAGCAUCGCCCUCUACCCCAGUUAAGCCCAUGGAUACGACACCGAAGCCUUCAGUGCGGCCCAAGGUGUUAUCAAGCACCAGGAAGCUGAGGUCGACCUACGGCCAACAGAGAACAUUGAAGGCAGACGAGUCAGGAGGAGACAGCCUCGGCAGCCAAAUGGGCAUUGAUGGUACUCAACGCGGCAUGAGUCCGGCUCCAGCCAUGUCAAAGCUGGCCUCAUUUGCGUUCGAGGAGGAGGAAGAUGCAGAGGAAGAAAGCUCCUCCAAAGGCGGCGGUAUCAUUGAUAUACAUGCGUUGAGGCAGGCUGGCGCUAAUCACCGUUUCGCUGACAGCAUGGCCGACCUACUCGACAGAGUCGGCACGCCACAAGCACUCAUGUCUCCAUCAUCGCGUUCAAGACGCAACGCCCUGCUGGAAUUGGCGAGCAAACUGCGGGACAAAACAUUUGUUCGUCAAUUCCGCGACCAGGGCGCCAAGGAUGCCUUGUUCCAGGCCAUUGGGCAAGAAGAGGACUUGGUGAGCGGUUUCGUUCUCCUGUCUGUUCUUCUUGUCCUUUUCACAUCGUACUCCGUCCCCCAUCUCGUCCCGCAGCUACAGUCAGAAGGCAUCGCGCAACUAGCUUCAAGGCUGUUCGAACUCGACGAGGAUAUUGUAGACAUCGCCGGCCAACGCAAAUCCAACUUAUCUAGGAAUGCGCAAUCAUCUCUCGGGACUCUAAAAUCGACAAUACAGCAGCUGGAUCUAUGGAAAGGGUCGCCGCCUGCCGUUCUGUCGCCACGAACAGUUGCUCUGAAAGCUGUUUCGGUGCUGUGCAAGGACGGCGACAGCCGAGCAACCCGGGACAUUCUUGCCGAUCUGACAGAUCAGUUGUUUGCCUUUGCCGAGAAUGGCUGGGAGCAAAGCCGAGUGGAGGGUAUCGAAGGGACAAAUGGUGGGCUUGCCCUUUCUCUCCUAGAAGGCUACUCGAUUGCGGCAAUGGAGUCGGAUGCUGGCCCUCGAUGGACCAAGCUUUACCUCCCCAUCGUCGCAGAUAUCUUGACGGCGGCUAUGGCCCGGCCCCUGCAGCAAUUUGGGGACUUCGAGUCCACGAUGUUGAAGCUGGCGCUGAACACCACAAACAACAACCCCGCGGCCGCAGGGGCGUUCAGUCGGGGUGAGCUAUUCCGUGAGCUAGCUGGGGCAUGUGUGGUGGGAUUUGAACUUCUACAACAGUCUGUUCGCCAAGGGGCAUUUUCCAAAGACGUCUAUGAGACUCUCAUGCUGCUGCUGGGCGUUAUGAUCAAUACCAGUGAGCAUUGCCCAUCGACUCGACGUUCGGUGGAUGCUUGGCAAGGAUGGGAUGGGUCACCCCUGGACAAGUUGAUGGACGUUUAUCUGGAGAAUCGCGAAUCGGCGGGCACGGCCGACUCGGUCGAGAAAACAUCGAUUGCCGUGGCCCACGGCUAUUUGGCCAUCUUGCUAGGCUAUCUAUCGCUUGGUGGUCAAGUGCGACGACGGCUUGAGGAAAAGAGUCAGGGAAGGGGUACAAAAUACUUGCUUGACUCGAUCCAGGUGUUCAUGGCAUUGCAUCAGAAACUCGACACGGACGAAUUGACGACGAGCCUGCAAAAUCUCGUCAACGAGCUCAGGCAGAGGCACCGGCUGUCGGGAUGA